GAAAAAUACAGACCUUCAACAAGAGACGAAGGCUAAACACUUCUGUAUUUUUCCAAGUAUAGACGUCGUACCUCACACCACUGCCAUAACUUCAUCUAUCGUUCAAGGUUUGUACGGUUCUAUACACAUCAAGAUGGCUGGUAAAGAUGACGAAUACGACUACCUCUUCAAAGUUGUUCUUAUCGGAGAUUCAGGAGUAGGUAAAUCCAAUUUGCUGAGUCGUUUCACCAGAAAUGAAUUCAACUUAGAGUCGAAGUCAACUAUUGGUGUAGAAUUCGCCACUCGAUCCAUCAAAGUAGACCAGAAGACCAUCAAGGCUCAGAUUUGGGAUACAGCCGGUCAAGAGAGAUACCGUGCCAUCACAAGCGCAUACUACCGUGGAGCGGUGGGCGCCCUCUUGGUAUAUGAUAUUGCCAAGCACUUGACAUACGAGAAUGUAGAGAGAUGGCUGAAGGAAUUGCGUGAUCACGCUGACAGUAACAUUGUCAUCAUGCUGGUUGGAAACAAGUCCGAUUUGAGACACUUGAGGGCGGUGCCCACAGAAGAAGCAAAGGCUUUCGCUGAGCUUCACGGUCUAUCCUUCAUCGAGACCUCUGCUUUGGACUCUACAAACGUCGAGCAGGCGUUCACGAACAUUCUCACAGAGAUCCACCGUAUCGUAUCACAAAAGGCACUCGCCAACGAACAAGCUGGUGUGCAGGUGCCGCGCAAUGUAGAGACCAUCACGGUAGCACCCACAACCACGAACAAUAGGGACCAGAAGGGUGACAGUGGAUGUUGCUAAAAGUACAUAUAUAGGAUGUGAACACGGCACUGCAUACGGCAUGAGAUUACGUGCUUUCCUUUUAGUUCGCACGGCACAAAUGUCAACCGAGAAUGAUGAGUAAAGUAGAAGAUUGGCGACGCGCUGAAUCGUUCGCAUCUGCUAACUAAUUCUGGGGUAUUUUGAAACUCUCCACACCCGUGUGUGAUUGGAUGAGAAUGAAGGAAAAUGAGAUGGUUGACGAUAUAUAUAUGGGUUUUCAAAUGCUGACAGACGAGUAGUACG